AUGGCAAGCCGAGGCAGGUCAGAUACAAAUAACAACCUUGAGACUCUCUUAGACUUGGACAAGUUAGCUAACAGAAAUGGAGUGGCACCAGAACCCCGGAAGAUGAUGCCAGGGAAUGGCCUUGAGUUCAAGAACCUAUCAUAUAGUGUCAUGAAAAAGCAGAAGAAAGAUGGGGUGUGGAUCACCAAAGAAGCGUAUCUUCUGAAUGAUAUCUCUGGACAGGCUAUAAGAUGUGAAAUCAUGGCUAUCAUGGGGCCUAGUGGCGCUGGGAAAUCCACAUUUCUUGAUGCCAUUGCUGGUCGGAUUGCAAAAGGGAGUCUUGAGGGAUCAGUUCGGAUAGAUGGAAAGCCGAUAAGUACAAGCCACAUGAAGAUGAUCUCAUCUUAUGUGAUGCAAGAUGACCAGCUCUUCCCCGCGUUGACAGUUUUUGAGACCUUCAUGUUCGCAGCUGAAGUUAGACUUCCCCCUUCAAUUUCCAGAGCUGAGAAGAAGAAAAGAGUCUAUGAGCUCCUUGACCAACUGGGUUUAACAAGUACAGCACAUACGUAUAUUGGUGAUGAGGGGAGGAGAGGAGUGUCAGGAGGGGAGCGGCGACGAGUGUCUAUAGGAAUUGACAUCAUCCAUAAGCCAUCACUGCUGUUCCUCGAUGAACCUACCUCGGGUCUUGAUUCUACAAGUGCUUACAGUGUAGUUGAAAAGGUGAAGGACAUAGCUCGGGGCGGUAGUAUAGUCUUGAUGACCAUCCACCAGCCAUCUUUUAGGAUUCAAAUGCUCUUGGACCGUAUCACAGUUCUCGCAAGGGGCAGACUGGUAUACAUGGGAAGCCCCGCUGCUCUUCCUAACCAUCUCUCUGGAUUUGGAAGGCCUGUUCCUGAUGAUGAAAACAGCAUUGAGUAUCUUCUGGAUGUGAUCAAAGAGUAUGAUGAAUCAACUGUUGGACUUGAUCCCCUUGUGUUGUACCAACGCGAUGGCAUCCAACCAGAUCAAGUGGCACAGACACCAAUCCGCAGAAUACCAAAAAACCUCAGGACCCUGCCCACUUCUUACAUGAAAACCCCUCUAUCAAAGUAUGCCAUCAGCCUCCGAAGCCAAGGAUUGUCAGCUACAGGAACUAUGACAUCUCAAGCGGACUCUGGUCAAUUUGAUUACAACGAUGAUGAUGAUGAUGAGGAAUUUGACAACUCCCUUGAACGCAAAUCUACUCGCACACCGAUGUCAAGUGGUGUGUAUAAUCCUCGUUUGGCUUCUCAAUUCUACAAAGAUUUUCCAGUCUGGGUCUACCACGGUGUCAAAGGAACUCCUCGCCGAGCACCAUCAUGGACUCCUGCGAGAACUCCAGGAAGGACACCCGGGAAAACACCAAUGAAUGCACCAAGAAGCCAACCUUCAAGCCGAUACUCAACACCACAGCAUGUUGUUCCUCGUCCAAAAACCCCAGUACUUUCCAUCCCUUCGCUAGACCCAUAUUCUCCUUCUUAUACAGAAUCUAGUUGGGAUGAAGAAGAGCCUGAUGAGGCAGACCAUGGUCCUAAAUUUGCUAACCCAUGGCUCCGGGAGGUAGCAGUUCUUUCAUGGCGCACAGUACUUAAUGUGGUUCGCACUCCUGAGCUUUUUCUCUCGAGAGAGAUCGUAUUAGCUGUCAUGGCACUCAUUCUGUCCUCGCUUUUCAAGAACCUGGGUCAUCCAUCUUUCCAAGACAUUAACAGGCUUCUCAAUUUCUACAUCUUCGCAGUUUGUCUUGUUUUCUUUUCCUCCAAUGAUGCUGUCCCAACAUUCAUCCAAGAAAGGUUCAUCUUCAUCAGGGAAACUUCCCAUAAUUCAUACCGUGCUUCCUCCUACGUCAUCUCCUCACUCAUAGUCUAUCUCCCAUUUUUCGCUAUUCAAGGCUUUACAUUUGCUGGCAUCACCAGAUUCUUACUGCAUCUCAAAAGCAAUCUCUUCAACUUUUGGUUGAUUCUUUAUGCAUCCCUCAUAACUACUAAUGCUUAUGUGAUGCUUGUGAGCGCGCUUGUUCCAAGUUACAUCACAGGUUAUGCCGUCGUGAUUGCAACAACUGCUCUAUUCUUCCUCACCUGUGGGUUCUUUCUGAAGCGAUUGCAGAUACCUAUCUACUGGAGGUGGCUCCAUUACUUAUCUGCAAUCAAAUAUCCAUUUGAGGGGAUGCUAUCAAAUGAAUUCAAAGGCUUAAGAUGCUAUUCAGGGAAACCUUCAGAACUUUCACCAGGCCCUCUAGGAGAGAUCAGAUGGAGCCAGCUGCAUAAUGAAUCAAUAGCAAAAUUAGAGCCAAACUGCAUGUUGGUUGGGCAAGAUGUUCUAUUCUCCAUGGAUAUUACGAUGGACAAUAUUUGGUAUGACAUCGGUAUCUUGUUAGCUUGGGGAGUUCUUUAUCGGUUCUUCUUCUACCUGGUUCUUAGAUUCUACUCCAACAACCAGAGGAAAUGAAGUUUUUUUUAUUAUUAUUAUUACUACUAUUAUUGUUAUUUUUCUCUUCGCAUUUUGUUUUUGUUUCAAAUCAAUGUUUGUCUUAAACUCUAGGUCAUGACUAAUACAUAAUUCAUAUACUAUGACCAAUAUAUGAUUAAUUGCUUA